GCCCCUCCGCCGUUGCCGAUCCCCGGCGGCCAUGGCUCCCACGGCGCCCUCGCAGGCGAAGUCUGCCUCCCCGUCCCAACCCUCCGGGAAGAGCGAGGUGUCGGAUCUGAAGCAGCAGCUGCGGCAGCUGGCGGGCAGCCGGGCGGCCGACGCCGACGACCAGCGCCGGGACGUCUUCAAGCGGGUCAUCUCCUGCAUGACCGCGGGCAUCGACGUGUCGGCCGCCUUCGGGGAGAUGGUGCUCUGCUCCGCCACCUCCGACGUCGUGCUCAAGAAGAUGUGCUACCUCUACGUCGGCGUCCACGCGCGCGCGCACCCGGACCUCGCCCUCCUCACCAUCAACUUCCUGCAGCGCGACUGCCGCGACCAGGACCCCACCAUCCGCGGCCUCGCGCUCCGCAGCCUCUGCUCCCUCCGCGUCCCCAACCUCGUCGAGUACCUCGUCGCGCCGCUCACCACGGGGCUCAAGGACCCCAGUGCCUACGUUCGGAUGGUCGCCGCCGUGGGUGCUGCGAAGCUCUAUCACAUAUCGGCCACCACCUGCCUCGAUGCUGACCUGCCUGCUGCGCUCAAGGCGCUCAUGCUCUCCGACCCUGAUGCGCAGGUGGUUGCGAAUUGCUUGCAUUCACUGCUGGAGAUAUGGACCUUAGAAGCUGCUAAUUCGGAGGAAGCAGCAAGGGAGAUUGAGACACUGUAUAGCAAGCCAGUGGUGUUUUACUUACUAAACAAAAUCAAAGAGUUCAGCGAAUGGGCACAGUGUCAUAUUCUUGAGCUGGCGUCCAAGUUCCUGCCUUCUGAUAAUAACGAAAUUUUUGACAUAAUGAACCUGCUUGAGGAUCGACUUCAGCAUGCAAAUGGAGCUGUUGUUUUAGCAACAAUCAAAGUUUUUCUCCACUUGACGAUGUCAAUGACUGAUGUUCACCAGCAGGUUUAUGAGCGCAUAAAGGCACCUUUGCUUACUUUGGUAGGUGCCGGGAGUCCUGAACAAUCAUAUUCAGUGCUAUGUCAUCUGCAUCUUUUGGUGAUGCGUGCUCCGAUGUUAUUUUCCACCGACUACAAAAGUUUCUACUGCCAGUUUAGUGAUCCUUCAUAUGUGAAGAAGCUGAAACUGGAGAUGUUGACUGCUAUAGCAAAUGAGAGCAACACAUACGAAAUUGUAACCGAGCUGUGUGAAUACGCUGGAAAUGUGGAUGUGCCAAUUGCAAGAGAGUCUAUCAGGGCUGUUGGAAAAAUAGCUCUACAGCAGUAUGAUGUGAAUGCUAUCGUGGACAGGCUUCUACAAUUUCUUGAAAUGGACAAGGAUUAUGUGACUGCAGAGACUCUUGUCUUGGUGAAAGAUCUUUUGAGAAAAUAUCCUCAGUGGAGCCAUGAUUGUAUAGCUGUCGUCGGAAAUAUUAGUAGCCAAAAUAUUCAGGAGCCAAAAGGCAAAGCAGCUCUCAUAUGGAUGUUGGGUGAAUAUUCACAAGACAUGCAUGAUGCUCCGUACAUUCUUGAAAGCCUUGUUGAUAACUGGGAUGAGGAGCUGUCUCCUGAGGUUCGCUUGCAUCUUUUGACUGCGGUGAUGAAAUGUUUCUUUAAGAGACCUCCAGAGACACAGAAGGCAUUAGGGGCUACAUUAGCUGCUGGUUUAGCUGAUACUCACCAGGAUGUUCAUGACCGAGCACUUUUCUACUACAGGCUUUUACAGUACGAACCUGCUGUAGCUGAACGUGUAGUAAACCCUCCCAAGCAAGCUGUCUCUGUAUUUGCAGAUACACAGAGCAGUGAAAUCAAAGAUCGGAUAUUUGAUGAAUUUAACAGCCUAUCAGUUGUAUAUCAGAAGCCCUCAUACAUGUUCACCGACAAGGAACAUCGUGGAACAUUUGAGUACUCAGAAGAUCUUACAAAUUUAACUGUUGGAGCAGAGGCUCCAGAAACAGUCAUUUCUGCCCAAAGAUACCAAGAAAACGAUAAUGAUCUCCUGCUAAGUACAUCAGAUAAAGAGGAUAACGGUACAAGAACCAGCAAUGGUUCUUACACCUCUACAUACAAUGCUCCUUCCGAUUUGCUAAGUUUGCAAACACCAGCGGAAACUGCACUAAUAAAUCCUGGUGGUUCGUCAUAUCCAUCACAAACAAACUUCAGUCUUGAUGACCUUCUUGGAUUAGGUGUUCCUGAUGCCCCAGCACCUCCACCGCCCCCUGCAUUAACCCUCAACUCAAAGCCUGUGCUAGAUCCUGGGACGUUCCAGAAGAAAUGGAGCCAACUGGCAUUAUCCUUUUCUCAGGAAUGCUCUUUAAGUCCACAAGGAGCAGCAUCUUUAAUGAAUCCCCAGUCGCUCAUUCGCCAUAUGCAAAACAACUACAUUCAAUGCAUUGCUUCAGGCGGUCAACCUCCAAACUACAAAUUCUUUUUCUAUGGUCAGAAAGAUGGGGCUACUGCUUUCUACCUUGUAGAAUGUAUUGUCAACACAGCAUCAGCGAAGGCUCAGCUCAAAAUUAAGGCCGACGAUGGGACAACUGCAGAGGCAUUUUCUGCUUUAUUUCAGUCAGUGUUGUCCAAAUUUGGGCUUUCUUGAUCAUGUGCAUUUGUUUCUGUAAUCCACAAUCCUUGGACUCCAAGCAGAGCCUUUCUGGUGGUACAUUUUUCUAUCAGAAGUUUGGAGAAGAUGAAAUUGGCAGUCCAACCAGUGGCAUGCAAGUACCAUCAAAUUCUGCAGGGGGGCAGACACUGGUUGUUGGGGUUUUCGUGUGUGGAAACUAAGCAUUGUACAUUAGUGCAUUUCAUUUGGUCGUCUGGUGAAGAGGCUGGUUUGUUCAGGGUUUUGAGGGUUUAGAAUGGUCUGUUGCCUUUUACUGAAAAGCAGGCGAAUAUCACCUUCGCUGGGUGUGGAGAGAAUAGAUAAACAUAUACAUUUUGUAUUCUAUAAUUUAUAUGCAGUUAGCAACAAAGAAGAGUACAUUUAACUUUUUUUU